UUCAACAUGGCCGCGCUCUUGUGAAAGUCAUGCUACAGCUUGUCAGCAGCGUCGUUUUUUAAGCAGCUCGUGAAGGAAGUGUCUAAAACAGGCGAAUAUUAGCUUCUGCUCGUUUUUAAUUGUGUACAUAUUGUAAAGUAUAUCGUCAUGGAUCCUGACGGACAACUACGAAAUCUUCGCGAUUUUCUUCUGGUUUAUAACCGAAUGACGGAGAUCUGUUUCCAGCGCUGCACAACUAAUUUCAACUACAGAAAUCUUACAAUGGAUGAAGAGCACUGUGUUGACAGCUGUGCUGGCAAAUUAAUCCGCUCUAACCAUCGUCUCAUGGGGACGUAUGUAAAGUUGAUGCCAGCGAUGGUGCAGCGGCGAAUGGAGGAGAUGGAGAGCAAAGCUGCAGAAACAGCAAAGGCAGCAGAGGUAGCAGCCCCAGUGGAGCCACUGGCUGGAGGUUCAGGGACACCAGAGACCACAACCAUGGUGUCUUCAUCUACAGCUGAACAUGUGGGGAGCACAGAAGCACUUGCUGGAUCAGUAUCAUUUACACCAUCAACUUCUGAGCCUACACUAAUCAAUCUGUCACCAGCUCCAGCACCGGCAGUGCCGCUUAUGUCAGAAUCUGUCAUACAAGCAGCAGAUUCAGCCAUUUCAUCUGUAACAUCACAGGCUACAAAUGUGUCAUUGGUUCCACCACUUGUUACAGAACAUGCACAAAGCACUGCUGCUGAGCUUCCAGCAGUCGUUUCAUCCACUCAAGGAUCUUCUUCUGUAAAUUCCAGCUUACCUGCACAAGGUUCACUCUCAAGUGUAGUGGCAGCCAUCCCAAUAGAAAAGUUAGCUCUAAAGCAGGUUAGUGUAGACAACAGCAGCACUUCACCAGUCCCAGGACUUCAGUCUACUGCUGGGACAAAACAAGACAAGACAUCUUGAUGUCACUUGCUUAAAGGGAAAUUUCUGCAUAGUUCAGUUGUUAAGAUGUAGAGUGUUUUCAUGUGAAAUGGUGCACUGGAGAACCUUAAUGACUUUGAUUUCUUGACAACAGUGGUGAUAGGAACCAGGAUUCUGUUCUGAAGUCUGUAACACAAUACAACCAUUGUAUUUACUAUCUAAAAAAACACACUAUCUACACAUGUAUUCUGAGUUUGUAUAUAUAAUGUUGUUAAUGGGGAAUUAGUGGUAAAUCUGACAUUUUCUUUUUUGGAGGGAGAGGACUAUUUUACCUUACAAUGCUCAGCAUGUACCUCUUUGCCAUGAAUGGAUUUUAAUACAUUUUAGGCCAAAACCUUAAAACAAAACUACCAUAAAACAGUGUCUCUGAUAUCAGCCAAUGUCUUCAGAACCAUUAAACGCACGUCUGGUUCUGAUCACCACUAAUGUGAAAAAUUCUGUAAGUUUCUCUAGAAUGGAGCAUUUCACAUUAAACCACUCUGAAUUUGUUUACAUCUUAAGAUUUCAAAUACAUUUUGAAAAAUAAUUGGAAUUCCCCUUUAAAGCUGUGUUCGAAAAGACUGAAAGGUAUGAUAACUUGAUCUUGUUUCAGCAUCAUGGGCUGAUGCGCAAACCGUUAAUGACAUAGAUCAUUUCUCAUUAAGAGAAAUGAAUAGUCUUGUGUUAUGCGUGCGCAGACAAUGGCAGAUAAACCCUUCUCUACAACUGUAGAGAUGACAGUGGAUUAAACUUCCUGUUCUAAAAAUGGGACAGUAUGUGUAACUGAAAGGACAAGCUGUAUUCUUAAAAAUGCAGCUUUUAGAAAGACACACAGUCCACAUGAAUGACUCCAUGUACAAGAACAUUCUAGCAGGUAGCUUUCACAGAAGGAGCUUUAUAGUCAGUGUCAUGAAACAGAAGGUAACAGCAUUUCCUCAACCCUUGUACGAUGGUGUUUAAAUGUAUAAAGUCUGAACUUUAACAAAAAUAAAGCAGAUGAAAAUGAAAA